AUGGGUCAGACGCAGUGUUUUAACUACAAAAAUAAUAGACAGUAAACUACUGAUUAUGGCGUCUCUCGCAGGGGAAAUAAAAAAGGUGCAUCAGAAAAUGGUUAUUUUUCAGAUGAUGCUUCAGUACUAUCAACUCCCAGAUCCCCUUAUACUCCCAAUACAGUCAGAAAAAAGAGAUAAAAUCUGAUAUCAACAAUGAUGGAAGAGAAUAAAGAGGAUAAUUUGCAACAUCUUUUCUCCAAGAGACUAAACUUUGAUAACUUUGAGGUCAUUAAAGUUAUUGGCAGAGGCUCCUAUGCCAAAGUCUAUCUUAUAAAAAAAUAUCAUGAAACCAAUCAUGAAUUAGUUUGCUAUUAUGCAUUGAAAGUAUUGAAAAAGAAAUUUCUUCACGACAAAAAUCAACUGCACUACAUCCUUCAGGAGAGGAAGAUUUUAAUGGAAUUGAAGCAUCCCUUCAUAGUUGAGAUGCACUAUGCUUUCUAAUCACCAGACAGAUUGUAUUUCGUUUUGGAUUAUGUGAGUGGGGGAGAUAUGUUUCACCACAUCAGAAAGAAGGUCAGAUUCAAUGAGAAAGAGGCUAAAUUCUAUGCAGCCGAAAUUAUAUUGGCAAUCGAGGCAAUGCAUAAUAUGGGUUUUAUAUAUAGAGACAUUAAACCAGAAAACAUUCUUAUCGAUGCUGAUGGUCAUGUGAGACUCACUGAUUUUGGAUUAUCAAAACAUAUAGAUGAUGAGAAAAAUGGAGGAAAAACUAGCACAUUCUGUGGAACAUGCCAAUAUUUAGCUCCUGAGAUUAUUCUCAAGAAAGGCUACAACAAAAUGGUUGAUUGGUGGGGUCUUGGAAUUUUAAUUCAUGAGAUGAUAUUCGGAUAGCCUCCAUUUAAUGAUUCUAACAACUCAAGAGUAAUGGGGAUGAUCAUUCAUAAUGAUUUCAUUCCAAAAGACUGGUUUAGUAAAAAGCUUUAAGAUUUACUAAUGAGGUUAUUGGAUAAGAAUCCUUUAACUAGAUUAGGCUCAUAGAAAAUAGGAGGGGUUGCUUCAAUUAAGAAUCAUUCAUUCUUCGAAGAUGUAAAUUGGGAUGCUGUUUACAAAAAGACAUGGUAAAAACCUCCACUCAAGCUAAAGGUGAAAAAUUCGUGGGAUACAAAGCACAUUGAUGGAGCCUUUUUAAAUGAGGAUAUCAAGUAAACACCUGGCUAGCUAGAAAUGAACAGCUUUAACGUUGAGCUGCUAAAUAAAAUGCACUUUGAAGAUUUUACCUACAAUGAGGAGUCCCAUCAUCUUAAAGAAAAGAAUAAAAAAUAACUCGAUGAAGAUCUACUUAAUGACAUUGAGUAUGAGGAUGAGCCUGAUAAUAAUGAGGAUCAACAUUUGUAAUCAGGUGGAAAAAUAUCUGAUAAUAAUAGCCUAAAAUAAGAAUAUAUUUGA